CCCCUAGAAGCACAAAGUCACGAGUAAGUGUUCUACAUAGAGUGUACUUUUUUUACUUGCCACUGUAAAUUUUAUUCAUUGCCCUUUAUUUAGAUAUAUCAACAAGCUGCAUGCAUUUGCUCGCCUUGUUCGCCAAUACAAUGAGGAUCCUGCAUCUAUAUCAUUUUCAGUAUGUUACAGUGAACGCUUUAAAAAAUGAGGGGAUUUCUAUGGUUUAGUAAAGGAUGGAUGGAGGGCACGUGUGGGUGUAAAUAUAAUGGUGAACUGAGUUUCUUUCUUUUUUAGGAUCUUGCAAAACCAUUCAACAGCAACAGCAGCGUUGACGAUGACGAUGCUGAAAUGCAAGAGCCCGAACAAGAAACGAAUAAUCUAAUCCCCACGCUCAAACCUCUGGAUCAAGAGAUCAAACUCGUCACGGACUUUUACAAAACGCUUGACACGAUCUUGUUGUGUCACCCAAUCGAUGACUCCCACAGGACCGACAAGAAUUUGCAGUAUAUCCCGGUGUUACACACCAUCACAGAUCAGAGCGUGCAUCAGCCUCUGGCAAUAUGGUGUCCACUCGUGAACGAAUCAGCCAUGAAACUGUUUAUUGAAAAGUUCCACAUUCAAGCUCAUUUCGAGUUGAUUCGCCGGUUCUUUUUGUUCGGCGACGAUCGAUUCACUAGUGCUAUGGUGGAUGCGUUAUUCAGUACUGGCGCGGAUAAUGAAGAAGAACCUGGUGACAGUGGAUCAAGAACAGCAGCAGUGGUGGUGGGAAUUAAGUUACAUGGGAGGACAAAACAAUGGCCUCCACGUACAUCGGAUUUGAACAUGUCCUUGAGAGCCGUGUUGCUGGAAAGUCUGGCACAGAUGCCAGCUGAUAUUCAGGGGGAUAUCUGCAAGCCACAUCAGCAGCAGCAGCAGCAGCAGCAGUCGUUGGAUCAGGCCACUGUAGAUAUCGAUGACGUUUUAACGUUUGGCGUACGAGAAGAACAAGGAGACCAUGGCAACAGCAAACGGUGGUGUGAUGCACGCAAGAUUGAUGCGUUGGAUUUCUUGUGUUUGCAAUACCGAGUUCCUUAUCCGCUGGACAUUAUAAUCAACAACCGCACGCUGGACAAGUACAAUCGCAUGUUUACAUUCCUGUUACAACUACAUCGGAUCAAUGCUACAGUCAAAUACAUUUACCAAAAACUACGCACACAACACCAUUCUUCCUCUUCCUCAACAUCAUCGCCGCUUCAACUAUUACAGCAUCGAAUGCGGUUUCAAGUCGGACAGUUUGUGAAUACGCUGAGCGGAUAUGUAUAUGAUACAGCGAUCCACAGUACCUGGCUUUCAAUGAUCAAACGCAUUCAACAGAAGCAGCAGCAGCAGCAACAAGACAGUAGCAAUAACUUGUUUCAGACGAUGGAUCCAAUCAUGUUUGGCGAAUACCACGAGCACGUUUUGGAUCGAAUGCUCUAUCAAUGCUUCUUGAAAAAAAGUCAGCAGCCGAUCAAGCACAUGUUGAAUCAAGUUUUCGAGGAUGUAUUAGCCUUUGCUAUGGUACUGGAUGAACAACAGUUACGGCAACGGACGACACAUCCUGACGGUAAUCAAAUGAGACAACAAGAGCAACUGUUGAAGCAAUUCAUGGAGCAUGCACAUCAGUUUAUUAAGGUUCUAAGCAAGCUGCACGACCGCGGGAUCGGACGUCUGGGCAACGUGAUGAACUCGCGGAAUUUAGAGGGCAGCUUUGGUGUGUUUGGUGAUUUUCAUGACAAGUUGGAUGCCAAGAGUGGACAAGGUGCAUUUGCUCAGGAACUUUUAACUCGAUUAGAUAUAAAUCAAAACUAUUUACAAUCAUGAUCCCUCAUAAUAUAGUAUAGACAUCCAUUUGCUUCAAAAAACUUAGUGUAUCGAUUCAAAAAAGAUUGGAAUUUGCGGUGCACCGCACUUUAUCUAUAUACUAAUUUCCCCACUAUAAAACCAUACUGCGCAUGUGCGCAUACAGUCAUUUCAGAAAGUAAACUCGCUGAUUUUAAGUUUGAUGUCGUACCAAAAAGUUGUCUGUCCGACAACAAUGUCA